GUCCUCUGGUUGAAAGAUGAUGUGCCAAUUUUUAACUCAACGAAAUUUCUAGAUAGCUCAGGCAUGGAUCCAAAUUCCGUAUUUUUACAACAUAAUAUCGAAAUCGAUAAAGAUAAAGAAUGUACGGGUAGCUGUUCGGAUUCGGAGUCUUGCAAGGACGGGUCACAUUGUGUUGAUAACCGAUGUUGCCAGUGUGCAUCGGAAGACUUCACACUCGUUCUGAAAAACCUCACAUUCGAAGAUGCUGGUCGUUAUCGCUGCCAAAUAUCGAAUCAGCCGCAGCAGCUUGAAUUUCAGUUGGAAGUUCUAGAAAGUGGUCUGAAAGGAGGUUUCCACGAGAACAUCAGCUACGACUACAGUGAGUGCUGCGCCAAAAAAGGCAUUUCGCCACUUUGUAAGGCAAUGUGCAAACCAAAAGACAUGCACAUCCAUCACUUCGACCCAACAAGGUAA